GGGCGGCCCGGGCCCCUUUGUAAGAACCGCUUGGGGCGCUGGCCAUCCACUUUGCCACCGACUACCCUCGAAACUGCUUCGAAACCGCUCGACACUCGCUCUCUGAGAUGUAUCGUCUGAUUCUUGCACUGCUUCUUUGCAAUUUGGCAUCGGCUUUCGGCCAAAAAGACUCCUGGGAAAAGCCUGGAUGUUCCAGAGUUGCACAUAGCAGGAAGGUGAGCAUCCCGGAUUGCGUGGAGUUCUACCUCACGACCAACGCUUGCAUAGGCUAUUGCGAAUCCUGGGCAGUUCCAUCUCCACCGGAGACUAUCUUCAACAACCCCCUCCAAGGAAUCACGUCUAUCGGACAGUGCUGCAAUAUGAUUGAAACGGAAGAUGUGUCAGUAACAGUUCGUUGCUUGGAUGAAACCAAAGAACUCAUUUUCAAAUCAGCCAAAAGCUGUUCCUGCUACCACUGCAAAAAAGACUGAUCGGCAAGAUCUUAAGCGACGAAAAUUUCUCUUUGAAAAGCACAAGAUUUAAUUUAAGUUUAAUAAUUUAAAAUAAUUUAAAACUGAGUUACUUCUUGGUAUAAAAGCGUUAAAAAAUGUUAAUAAAACAUUUAUUUUUUCUAUGAAGGUGAGGGUGAUGUGAUAAAUUGGAAGAGCCGAAUUGUUAUUUAUUUUAAUUGGAGUUUAAAUAAAUUUAUUUCAUUGACAA